CCGCCAUGGCUCAGCCGAUUGCGGUGGGCGGCUGGGACGGCGCAGGGCAACAAGAGGAUGCGUUGGGAGAGGAGGAGCAAUAUGAGGCUUGGUCCCGGACUAAGAGUCCGGUGCAGAUCCGAGUAGCCAUCCAGGCGGCCGAAGAGGAGGGGGAGGAAGAGGCUGGGGCCGCUAUGGGGGGCAUCGGGGAAGGGGAAGACGACGGGGACUCGGCUCGCUAUCUCAGCCCCGGGUGGGGCAGUGCCAGCGAAGAUGAGCCUAGCCGCGGGCACAGUGGUACAACUACAAGCGGAGGGGAGAAUGAUGGUUCUGACCAGGACCAGGACUGGAAGCCACCAAGCUAUGAGUUAAUCUUGAAGCUGGUUGAUCAGAUUGAGUUCUAUUUCUCGGAUGAAAACCUAGAAAAAGAUGCCUUCCUGCUCAAACACGUUAGAAGGAAUAAGCAGGGCUAUGUGAGUGUCAAGCUACUCACAUCUUUCAAGAAGGUGAAACACCUUACUCGGGACUGGAGAACCACAGCCUAUGCCUUGAAGUAUUCGGAGACCCUAGAGUUGAAUGAGGAUCAUCGGAAGGUGAGGAGGAUUACACCUGUUCCUUUCUUUCCUGUUGAAAAUCAACCCAGUAGGAUGCUACUGGUCUAUGACCUCCACUUGUUCCCCAAGCCAUGGGCUCUGGCUGUGCUUCAGGAGAAUGGAAGGCUGCAGGAGAAGGUCAUGGAGCAUCUUCUUAAGAUCUUUGGAACAUUUGGAGUCAUCUCAUCUGUACGAAUUCUCAAGCCAGGGAAAGAGUUGCCUCCAGACAUCCGGAAGUUUAGCAGUCGGUACAGUCAAGUAGGAACUCAAGUGUGUGCAAUUGUGGAGUUUGAAGAGGUAGAUGCUGCCAUCAGGGCCCAUGAGUCCAUGAGCAUGGGAUCUCCGAGCAAAGGCAGCAUUAAAGUUGUCCUCAUUGGUAUGAAAGCACCCAAGAAGAAAGCACCAAAAGAUAAGAACCAGGAGGAGGAACCUGCCAUGAACUUCCACCAAAAUAAGACCCUAAAUAAGAGAGUGGAGGAGCUUCAGUACCUGGGUGAUGAGUCAUCAGCCAAUAGCUCCUCAGACCCAGAGAGUAAUCCAACAUCCCCCAUGGUGGAGCGACGGUACGUGGCCUCUAGCAGGCUUAGUCCUUCCAUCUAUCAAAACCAUCACCUGAGUCCAAAUGCCUCCCCUCGCUCAAGUCCUUGGAACAGCCCUCUGGUGCAGCGUAAAGGAGUGUCCAAGAAAUCUCCACUGGCUGAGGAUGUCACGCUGAACUCUAGUGCCAGCCCUGAGAUUGUUCAGAAGUGUGUGGAUUAUUCUUCGGACAGCAGCAUCACUCCCUCCAGUAGCCCCUGGGUGCAGAGACGUCGACUAGCCCAGUGGGGAACACGUGAGAAAAGUCCGGCCGCCAGUCCACUGCUUACCCGAAAAGUCCAGAAUGCAGAUGGGUCACCUGUGGGGGUACUGAGGUUGCCAAGAGGCCCUGAUGACACCAAAGGAUUUCAUGGAGGGUACGAAAGAAAAAGGGUCUUUGUCUAAACGUAGUUCACCGUCAGUACCAGCUCCAUAGAAAAACUACCUUUAUUUUCCUGGGUCCAACAAAACAGCUGGUAUGAUCAAGGACUGUCUCAAGUACAAGUUUCAAUGCUUGUAUUGGUGUAAAUUUCUUAAUUUAUAUAUUUGUAUUGGCAGGCAACUACAUUUUAAAGAAUGUCUCCUAGUCCCAGACAACCAUUUAUCCUGGUGUGGUCACUUUGCUAAUGCCACAUAUAUGUAAACAUAAUGGUACUAAACAGGAAUGGGAGAGACUCUCUAGGAAAGAGGGAAUAGAUACUUUUUUUCUGCUUUUGUUUUUUUUUUUUUUUAAAUAAACCUCCUUUGAGAUAGGGUAUGUGUAGAGAUUUGCUACCAUUUGGAGUCCAAGGAGGCUAGUGCGGGUGUGGCUCAAAGACCACAAGUUUUUAAUGACAACCUAGUUGACUGAUGACAUACAUGGUUUAACUCUCCUAUAGUCAAGUCAAUAAACAUUUAUUAAUUGCCCACUGUGUGCCAGGCACUGUGCUAAGUACUGAUCUUUUAAGAUCAAAACAAAAAUGUAUAUUUUCUCUUAUAAGUGAAUGAAAAGGAAAAAUAUAGGAAUAAUUGGCCCUAGGGUCCCAGAUUCAUCUUGGCCCAUUGGUAUGAGGAGCUGGCCUAUCAUUUGGAAUCAAUAAAUUGGCUAUCUGGUCCCAGUGGAAGAGGAGGGACUAAAUAGGAGAAUCAUUGAUUCAAAAGCAUGGCCAAUAGGUCACAAUGAAACAGGCUUAACUUUCUCAGAUUCCUUCCCCAAUUUCAUUAAAUAACUGAAAGGAGGAAAAGCAAUGAUUUUAUGUGAGUGAAGCUUAUUACUAUAAUUAUUUGACAGAUUUUUUCAUUUUCUUCAGCAGAAGAGAUUUUGUGGAAGUGAAGAGUUACUGUUUAUUCUUGUACUGUUUGACCUCCAGGGCAAACUGGUUGGGGUCCAGCACUAGAGAUCCAUUCAAAAGUAGAUUUCAGGUUCCUUUAAUACACCUUCUAUUUUCAAGGGGACAAAAGGGGAAGGAUUUAUCUUUCACAAACUAUGUCCCUGAGUUCACUGGCCCCUUGCUCCUACAAUCUCAUUGACUUCCCCAAUCAACCAAUGAUUCCUCAUGUUCCUGCACUGUGCGCGCGCGCGCACACACACACACACACACACACCCCCACACACCCAGAGGAACACAAUUGGACCUUACUGCAAGGUGGAGAAACUCCAAGGUAAAAGUUUCUAGAGUUAAUAUUUGCUAUGGUGUCAGAUUACCUGAUGCAGCAUAGCAUCCAGUUACUCUGUAUUAAGUAGUCUUCUCCAGGCAUAGCUUGCUGGCCAUCUACUUGUUAAAAUCCUUGGGUUCUUUCCAGCUUAUGACAAAGUCUUCCUUUUGCAUUUUUCCCAAAGCUAGGCAAGCUGGGUCUUAUGUCUUGGAAAUGUUGUGCCAUCCUCUCCUUGUUUCUCUCUUCUUCCUUUCUCCCAGAAUGUUUACACGCUAUCCUUCUCCUUCUGUAAUGGCACUUGUCCUUGCUUCCACACAAUAAACUAAAAAUGUCCAGGUCACCUUCCCAGUCAGUCUGCUCUUUCCUAAACUCUGGCUAAACCCUCAGCUGUGGCACAGCCUUACUGUUUGUUAGCAUAGCAAACCCUUCCCGAAAAGCUUGGCCGGGAAACCCAGCCCAGAGUGUUUUUACAGAUGUUUUGUUGAUUUUAAUGAAAGCCAGAACCUACUUCACUCUGCAACAUGAAACUCUGACCGCUAAGACAGGAUUUAACCAAAGGCUAAUCUUCAGGGAAAUAGCCCCAAACACCAAAUCCACUUCUUAUACAUAAGCUCAGCAUACUUCAGGUGACAUUCUGUCACCUAAAGGUGUGACUGGGUCAGAAAGGCCUUGAUUUGGUCUGUAUAAUACAAGUGUCAAAAAUAUGAGAUUUACUUUUUUAAGCUACAAUAUUAAUUAUUUGAGUAUUUUGUAUAUAAGCAUUUUCCAAGGUAUGAAUUAGGUGUCCCUUGUCUUUUUGAGCUGCUAAUUUAGAGGAGAAUAAUUUGACAGAAAAGUCAUGUAGAGAAGGACUGCAUGAUAUAAUGCUAAUCUUACAGAAUCAUAGACCUAGAACUGAAAGCAAACACUCCCCUCAUUUUAUAGAGAAUGAAACUGAGGCUCAGGCAGGUGAAAUAAUUUGCCCAUAACCAUACAAAGAUUAAAUGUUAAAGUCUUGAUUUGAAUGAAAGUCCUCUAACUAUAGGGGAAGCUAAACAGUGCAAGGGAGAGAGCACUGCCCUGAAGUCAGGAAGAUCAGGGUUCUAAUCUGGCCUCAGCUGCUUGCUAGCUGUGUGACCCUGGGCAAG